CAGAGAUUGAAUAAAAACCAAAAAAUAAAAAUCACACACAAAUGUCAUUUAAUCCAUGUUGUCCUUUUAUUUCCCAUAUUUCGAUUGCCAACAACAGCCCUGCUGUAUGCGACAAUUUUCGGUCAUGUAACCACAAUUAUCCAGCAAAUGACAUCCGCCACCGCAAAGUACCACGAUAUGCUGAACAACGUCCGAGAGUUCAUGAAGCUGCACGAGGUCCCCAAGGCACUCAGCGAACGGGUUAUGGAUUAUGUUGUGUCCACGUGGGCGAUGACCAAGGGGCUGGACACGGAUAAGGUUUUGAACUAUUGCCCCAAGGAUAUGAAAGCGGAUAUUUGUGUACACCUGAACCGGAAAGUAUUCAACGAACAUCCGGCCUUUCGGUUAGCAUCCGAUGGCUGUUUGCGAGCACUGGCCAUGCACUUCUGCAUGUCCCAUUCUGCCCCAGGCGAUCUUCUGUACCAUACGGGUGAAAGCAUCGAUAGCUUGUGUUUUAUUGUUACCGGAAGUCUGGAGGUGAUUCAGGACGACGAAGUUGUGGCCAUCCUCGGCAAGGGAGAUGUGUUUGGCGAUUCCUUCUGGAAGGACUCGGCUGUCGGACAAAGUGCGGCCAAUGUGCGAGCGUUAACUUACUGUGAUUUACAUGCGAUAAAGCGAGACAAGCUGCUCGAAGUGUUAGAUUUUUACCAAGCUUUUGCGAAUAGUUUUGCAAGGAAUUUAGUUUUAACGUAUAAUUUAAGGCAUCGCUUAAUAUUCAGGAAAGUGGCUGACGUGCGCCGGGAGAAAGAGCUGGCUGAGCGACGAAAGAACGAACCGCAGCUGGGUUCUAGCCAAGAUCACCUGGUAAGAAAAAUAUUUUCAAAAUUUAGAAGAGCUCAGCAAAAUGCACAAGGACCAAAGGAACAAACUGGUUCCACUCAGAGCGACGUUGAGAAAGGAGACACUGAUACAGACAAAGGAAAGCUGCCAGCCAAGCUAACAUUAACCGAAGACUCUCGCGUCCUAACAACCGUCCCAUCACCAUCACCAUCGCCAUCGCCAUCGUCUGGACCUCCAUCGGCAAAAGGGGCCCGAGCUAGCAAGUGGGGCCGGCUGCUCGGUAGUUCUAGUGUUGAUUCGGCCAGCGAUACAAGCACAAAGAUAUUCCCAAAAACUCCCAAACUUGCCCCAGGACCUGCAACUCUUGCCCGACAGGACACUAUCGACGAAGGAGGUGAAAUAGAUCACACUCCCAACCGCGAUAGACCAACCACGGUGGCGCCGAAAGAAAGGGAGCUGGUGAAGCAACCAUCUCUAGAGCGACAGCCAACGGAACGAGAUCGGCUCCUGGACACCUCGACUAUAGCUCGCGAUCGAGAAAGGGAACGGGAACGGGAACGCGAAAGAGAACGGGAACGAGAACGCGAGCGACACAUGGAUCGCAAUCUAUCGUUAGAACGGGAACGACAAAUCGAAAUGGCACAAUCCCGAGCGACAACAUCAGACACUUACGACACCGGCCUACGAGAACAGCCUUCGACACUAGCACAGAGAGAUUUGAUCGCAACGGUAUUAGACAUGAAGGUUGACGUACGUCUGGAGAUGCAACGAAUGGCACAAAGGAUGAGCCGCAUCGAGGACCUCUUGAAUGAUCUAAUCGGGCGGAUACAGGUUGACUCAUCUGGUCAAAGCUCACCAGGAGAUGCACCUGGAACAAGCAUCGCAACUCCAUCCGCAUCUGGCACAAACCCUUCCAGCACGAACAAUCCGGCCUCGAGCAAUCCGAGUUCAUCUGCUGCACCCGCCACGUUAGUUCCCGGCGGAAACGGUUUGGGACCAAUUUUGUUGCGCAAGCGACGGUCCAAAAGCCGCAAAGCACCCGCACCUCCGAAACAAUCAAGCCCGGAACAGACUCGAUUGCUCGAAACGGAUCUGCCAUCAUCAUCCUCCACCAGGAAAAGGGAGUUCCUCUAGCCCCGGAUCUUGCUACGUCAUCAAUCGGACAACUCCAGUGAACAGUAGUAGUGGAACAGUUCAGUUAUUGCACCCCUGCGUUCUCUGUCCCCCUAUCCUACCACCCACGUCGAACGUGAUCGAUUUGAUGGCGUUAGUUGUAUGUACCAACCUUUAUUCGUCUUCAUUGCGGAUUUGUUUAUCAUCGGUGUGUUUACAAUGUGUCCCCAAAGUAAGGAAUUUCUUAGUUAUGACUUAUGCGUAAAAGUGGGUACCUCGGUUAGUUAUGGCCGGCAAUUUUAAAAAAUCAAAGGCCUCCCUUUUCACCUCAUCCAGCUUGUUUGACUUUUUUUUCGAACAGAACGGAAUAGGGUGAUUUGCCAACCGUUGUCCUCUGACCCAUCGUUGCACAGAAUGACUUAAACUGUCCAUAUUUUAGCUGUUUUGGAACUUUUUCUCAGAAUUAAUACUGAAUCAUGUUAAUUUGAAUGUUUACUGAUGAAAUGAGGCUUUUGCGAUAUUUUCUGUUGAAAAUAUGCAUCUAACGACUGUUUUAUUUUUUCUUGUUUUUUUUUCGCGCGGUUUUUGUGCUAAUUGUUAAAAAAACCUCAAGAUUCUAUAACGGCAUAAAGGUUUAACGUCAAAACAAAACAUUUUUCGUUUCAGUUUUUUCACGAAACGUUUGUUGGACAAUAUUAACACCAUGAUUUUGGAAAAAAAUUACGAUUCAUUACCUAAUAACCAGAGAAAAUAUCGGAUCGUGUAACAUUUCAACAUUUGGUCCGCACAAUCUCAUCCUGCCUCUUUGUUGUACAUAAGUCCGCUGCAAGAGAUGUUUAGAAAUUUCAAUAACUUUGUUUGGUUGUUAUCACUGCCAAAAAUAGCAAAAAAAUUUUGGCGUGGUCACUUCCAAAAUAUCUGGUGAGUACUGUUGGAAGCUAGUACUGCCUGGCAGACAGUACGGCAAAUACCCAGAUGGAUGGCAUUGUACCAACCAAUACUUCCCAUCUGGGUCGAAUUACUGAUCUGGAACGGGGCAACGUUAUUCGGGCCUCAGGGUUGGGCUUGGGUCACAGGGUCAGCAGUUACUGGUUCAUGACAGAGGUCAAUGGUCAGAUACGAUACAGUUACAAAUCGGUUCAACUUAGGGUUACACACACAGGACAGGAUGAUUCGAAUCAUGGCUAGCGUUGAACUAAGCAAUGGUGGCGGGCUACUGUCAUCCGGUAUUCGUCAAGGGUUGAGGAUGUAGGUUGGGGUCCAGAACGACUUGAUAAGAUGGCUUAACACUGCAACGGGAGCUAUAAACUCCUGGCGAAAGCUUUCCCAUCCUGUUCAUGGCACCAUAUGUUGUGUCAGACCUUUGGGAAUAUGAGAAAAAUCAACUUGUUUGAAUAACAGAUAACACCAAAAGAAAGUUUUUAUUUGAUUCGAAAUCAAAAUUACAACUUUUCAGGCGAUUUUGAACCGUAGAGAUAUUAAUGAAGUGGCAACAUUAAUAAAAUAAAAUAAAUCAACAAUUACAAUUACAAUUAUAGCGUUUAAAAUAUGAUGAAACAUAGCUUGUCUACUUUUAGGCGUUUUUCAUUCCCGGGUGAUCAAUUUUCAGUGGAUUCCGAUUUUUAAAAAUUGUAACAAUUUUUUUUCUUGGAAAACUUUGCUUCUUCUCAUGCUGGCAAAAACACGUUCAUUGCUUACAUGCAACUGAAAAAAAACUAGGAUUGUCGUGUGUGGAUAUUUGCGUUUAGCAAGUAAUUUUAGUAAUUUCUGUGCUAUAAUUAAAUGUUUCCCACUCAGAAUUUUCAUGUUUUCUGCACUCAAUGUUGAAUACCAAUUUAACCUUUAUCAAAGAUAUUUGAUUCUAUCAAGAUACCCGGCUGCUUAGUUUUUCGAACAAGUAGUAUGAGACAUCAAUUCUUUGUUUAUGGUGCUGCCACCAGCGAAAAAGGCUUCAAGCUUUCAACUUGCAUUCAAGCUUGCAAACACAUAAGUUUUGCAUUUGACCGACGAAACAACCUACACGAACAGAAAAAUAACCCACCCAAAACAACAACAAACUAAAAGUAGGUAGUUGCACUUAAGGUCCCAGUGAGUAAAAAAGAUUUACCAAGCAAAAUUUGAUGAAAAUUAGAAAAAAAAUGUUAAAAUGGCCAUAAAUUAUAGAUUCUCCUAUUCUGGAACUGUUUAAGCCUGAAAUAAUGUGGAUUUCAGAUAAUUUUUCUAAAAGAUAUAAUUUAAAAUUUAAUUUAUUUAGUCAAUAAUUCAUUGAUGAUAAUGAAAAAAAAUAUUCUUUUUUCAUGCGUAUCUGGAUCUGGAUUCUGAAGCAUUCUUGAUAUACGCCUCCGGGCCAUACCGAUUGAUUCUGCUGUUGUCAGGGCGGUUUCUCCUCCAAGUAGGAUUCUUAAGCCAAGAACCGAAACUCUCUCGUUUGGUAUUCAUCUGUGAAUCCUAAACGAUCCUCCAGGUCGUUCUCAGGGUUAUAUUCUUUAUGUCCCGUUCUUCGCAUGCUUUGUUUGGCUAUGUGCCUAAAAGAUGGAUAAACUCGAUGCUGCAAUAGCGGACCGAUUGCCGUUUUUCAUUUCCAUUUGCUUGAGGGAUCUGAAUGAUAUCAACAUAAGCUUUGUUAAAAAGUACGUCAAAAAAUCAAACAAAUUACUAACACAAUUUUUGGAAUAUUUAGUGUUCCGGGUUUUUGGGUGAACAGAGCUCGUCGUUGGAUUGGCCUUUUGUCGAUGCUUAUCCACUCACGGUCGUCAAAUCAGCCGGCAGAGUUUCCACGAAAAUAGCUCCCUUGUUGUUCACUACAAAAAAAAAAAAUGGUUUACCGGUACAUUUUUAUAAACUAAACAACUUACCAGGUAUCCAGUCCGUUUAGAUAAGUUGACCGGGGCUGCACUCGUCGGACAAGAAAAAUAUUUCCGGCUGUGGUAGAAAAACAAAAUGUUGGUGUUGAUUCAAACACUCGAACUUACCGAGAAAACAAAUAGUCUUAAUAAUCUCUUCACGUCGUGACGAUCUAAACUUUUUGAUCCAAAGAUCUCUUCCUUUUCCUGCAAGUUUAAACGCUUCCUCUGACAACUGAUGAAAAAAUCUUUUUAACCAGAUGUAAACAAAAGAGUCAGGGCAUGCUAUUAAAAUUUUCGAAUAAUGGUUAAAGUAUUAUUCGUUAAUAUUAUUUUGGCGCUAGUGUUAUGUCCUCAAAAUUUCUCAGAAGCCGAUAGUACCUGCCUUUAUUCAAAGGCACUUCAUGUUUCCAUAAAUAUAUUAGGGUAAAAUACCAAGAUUUCGACAGUUUUUGCAUGUUUUGCCAAAAAAAACCAUGUAAAUUUAUUAAUUGACAAAUGUUUUUCAUUUCAAAUAUGCUUGGUUAUAUGAAUCAGACUAUUUUCUUCAUUCUCUACCUUUUUAUUGAUCUAAAGUUUCAAAACAACGUAUUCUUCUACUAAAACCUCUCGAUUAUCUAGUUUUCGACAUUUAAUUUUAGUUUUCGGCACUAAAAGUUUUAGUUUUCGACAAGCAUAUUUCCACCUCCUUUGUUAGCUCAGGGAUAUGAAUAUUUGCAUAUUGGAAUUGCUUGUCAACUUCACGGCGUUUUUAACACCAUGGAAAAAGUAUUAACAUACCCAAGAAGAUGGGUGUCGAAAAAUAGAUUAUUAAGUGAAUUUUCAGCGCUAGUUUUCGACAGCUCGAAAAACAAUUGAAAGUAAAUUUAAGCGAAAAUAUAAAUUAAAUAACCGAAAAGAUUAAUUUCAGAACCUAAUUCAUCCAUUGAUUCCUUUUAUGUUGGUUUUAAUCGAAUAAAAGGGGAGUUUUAUCGUGAUUCAAAAUCAUUCAUAUUUGGUCGAUGGCAUUAAAUUUCACAGGUGAUUUAGAAUGUUUCUUUCAAAUUUUUGAUUCCCUACUAUUCAACAACUUAUUUAGAAGAAUUUUUAUAUACACGUAUUCUAAAGUGGAAGAGCAAAAGAAAAAUAUGAACAUACAUAGAUGGCUUGAGCCAUCUAAUAGAAAGAUAAGCCUUUCAUUGAAAAAUUGUCGAAAACUAGCUCCUGUCGAAAUCCAGACUAUCUACCCUAUUUGUUUUUCUACCAAAUCUUAAAAUUGAAGUUUUGAAAUUAAAAGACGUGAGUAGAAAAACAUAUAAAUGUAUGAAAGUCGGGCAACUUGCAAUGUCUGAAAAGUGUCUAAGUAAGUUAAAAUGCUUUGGCAUUGAGGAACUACUUUUUUAUCAAAUUAAUUUUGAAAUGCUUUAUCCCGACCAUUAACUCAACAUUUUAUGCAAAGAAACUAAUGAAUUAGUAAUGAUUGUUUCCCCAUUUUUCUCAAAUUUCGCCCAAAAUUUUAACCCCUUGAUAGCAAUAUUGUCAAAAUAUUGUACAGUAGGAAAACUUCGAGCCUAAAUCUAAAAAAAAUCGAAGUCGAAGGUUGGAAGACCCGAAAUAUUACUUAUAUUAGGGUAGAUACUCUAGAUUUCGACAGGAGCUAGUUUUCGGCAAAUUUUUAAUGAAAGGCUUUUCUUUCGAUUUGGUGGCUCAAGCUAUCUAUGUUCAUAUUUUUCUAUUUUUGUUCUCCCAGUUUGGUAUACGUUGAAUAUAAAAAUUCUUAUAAAUUUGUUGUUUAAUAGUAGUAAAUCAAUAAUUGAAAAGUAACAUUCUAAAUCACCUGUGAAAUUCAAUGCUAUCGACCAAAUGGGAAUGAUUUUGAAUCAUGAAAAAACACCCCUUUAAUUCGAUUGAAAGCAACAUAAAAGGAAUCAAUGGAUAGAUAAGGUUCUGAAAUCAAUCUUUUCUGUAAUUUAUUUCACAUUUUUGCUAACAUUUUAAGAAAUUUCAACUGUUUUUUGAGCUGUCGAAAACUAGCGCUAAAAAUUCACCUAAUAAUCAAUUUUUCGACACCCAUCUUCCUUGGUAUGUUUAUACUGUUUCCAUGGUGUAAAAACGCCGUGAAGUAGACAAGCAAAUACAAUAUGCAAAAUUUCAUAUUCCUGUGCUAACAAAGGAGGUGAAAAUGUUCUUGUCGAAAACUAAAACUUUUUGUGACGAAAACUAAAAUUGAAUGUCGAAAACUAGAUCAUCGAAAGGUUUUAGUAAAAGGAUAAUAAAAACUUUUUCUUUAAACUUUCGAUCAAUAAAAAGGUAGAGAAUGAAGAAAAAAGUCUGAUUCAUAUAACCAAUCAUAUUUGAGAUGAAAAACAUGUGUCAAUCAAUAUAUUGACAUGGUUUUUCUGACAAACGAGCAAAAACUGUCGAAAUCUAGGUAUUCCACCCUAAGGGCAUUUUCCUCAGAAAUUCAAAUUUGCCGUCGAGUUGUACAGUCAUAACUACGCGAAACAUAAUUUGAUUAAAACAGUUUUAUCAGCCGGAAAUCUUUUGGGAGACAUUUCAAUGUGAUGUGAAUGUUUAUUGAAGAUUAAUGAAAUGCUACAGAGGUUACAUUCAUGGCAAAUAACCAACAUUCAUGAAAAAGAUAUUUUAAUCAAUCAACUAUUUGAAAAGAUAAAUUCUUGUUUGAAAUUGUAUAUUUUGAGCAUGAAUCAGUCUAACGAUCUGAAAUUUUGAGCGUGGUUCAGUUCAUGCUUAAGCUUUAAAUUGAUAUUCAGUAUGUAAAAUUCGAUCGACUUUCAAGUGAGUCCAAAGCAAUUAUUUUAUAAAAUCACCUUCAAUCUCCUUCAUAGGGGUAAUAAAGGGGGCAAAACAUAUGGCGUCCUUUUCGCCUGUAAAUAGGCACUUUAAAAAAAUAAAGUAAUAACCCUUACCGGUUCUUGAGUGUCAAUAUGACACAAUUGGAAGUUUGGCAGUUUGUAACAUUCUUCGGGUGCAUCCCAAUAAUACAAUUUCUUGGGGGAACCUCAUCGAAUUCUCGAAAUCUAUAAUUUUGCAUCAUUACUUAUUUUUUAUGGACGCACCCUGAAUGCCCAGAGAAAAACUCCCUAAUCCUUGUCAGUUUGAAACUCUUCGCUUAAAAUCUCUAUAUCUCACUUGUUUCUCAGCCGUUUAAACAAAAUUUAUAGUUUUGGAAGCCUUGUAA